GCCACAUUUACAGCAACGCCACAUCUACAGCUUUCAAGAUGGCGGCGCCCGUAAUUGAAACAUGCCAUGUAGCUUGUUGUGCAAACAGGACUCCAAAUGUUGUUUCUUGGGGUCGUGGGGGGACCAUUGCCUUUGGGACAUGUACCUCCGUAGCUCUGUACGACCCACAGGAGAGGCGAGUUGUGGCUGUGCUGAAUGGACACACAGGAAGAGUGAAUACAGUCCAGUGGAUUAACAGACAGGACUGUGCUCCAGAGAAUCAUCUUGUCUCAGGAGGCUCAGACAAUCGGCUUAUCGUCUGGGAGGUUAAAAAUGGGAAGUUCAUCCAGUCGGUGGAGUGUAAGGGCCACACUGGUCCAGUUUGUGCUGUGGAUGCUAUCUAUGUGGAGGACUCAAAGAUCCUGGUGGCCUCCUCAGCAUCCGACUCCACAGUCAGACUGUGGCUCUGCAAUGAAGCAAAAGAAGCUGAGUGUCUCCAUACCUUAUCGUUUGGCACCAGUUUCAUGAUGGAUGUCUCUCUGGCACUGUUGCCAGGCAGCAGAGUUCCCAUACUGGCCUGUGGGGGUGAUAACUCUCAGGUGCAUCUGUAUGUGCAGUCCAACGGAGAGCUCCAGAAGGCCAUGUCACUGCAAGGACACGAAGACUGGGUCCGUGGAGUGGCCUGGGCAUCUCUAGGUGGGGAGCUGUUAUUAGCCAGCUGUUCCCAGGACUGCCUCAUCAGAGUGUGGAGGCUGUGUGCCAAGUCUGGGACAGAUGCCCGCAUAGAGGACAAUCUCACCAUCAUCAAAAUGAAAGAGGAUGUUUUUGAAGUGAAGGAUAGAGACGUGUCCUCAGUGUUUGCUGUGUCUCUUGAGACCGUCCUGGCAGGCCAUGAGAACUGGGUCUAUGGAGUCCACUGGCAGCCUCCUCUCUACAAAGGCGGUGAGCUGCAACAGUCUCUCAGUCUGCUUUCUGCCUCCAUGGACAAAACCAUGAUCCUCUGGGCUCCUGAGGAGGGAUCUGGAGUCUGGGUGGAGCAGGUGCGUGUAGGGGAGGUUGGUGGCAACACUCUGGGUUUCUACGGCUGCCAGAUGAGUCCGGAUGGCUCCAUGAUCGUGGCUCACGCUUUUCAUGGAGCUCUACAUCUCUGGUGCAAAGACAAAGACAAAGAGGGACAUUGGAGGCCUGGGGUUGUGAUAUCAGGUCACUUUAAUGAGGUCCAGGACCUGAGCUGGGAUCCUGAGGGUGAGUUCAUCCUCAGCGUGGGCUCGGACCAGACCACCAGACUCUUCACUCCAUGGAGGAAACAAGAUGCCAAACAGGCAACCUGGCAUGAAAUCUCACGGCCACAGAUCCAUGGAUACGACAUGCAGUGUCUGGCAAUGGUUGGAAGGUUUCAGUUUGUGUCGGGAGCUGAUGAGAAGGUCCUGCGGGUGUUUCAAGCACCUCGUAAUUUUGUGGAGAACUUUGCUAACAUCUCUGGGACCUCAAGAGAAAAGCUUUUGACAUCUAGUGACUCUGCCAACCUUCCAGAAGGAGCCAGCACACCUGCCUUGGGUCUGUCCAACAAGGCUGUAUUUCAAGGUGACCUUGCCCCAAAAAACAAUGAAGAAGAGCGGCAGUUCAACAGUGUAUCUGAUCAAUACCAGGAGUCUUACUUCCACCCACUCAUCAUGACUGAGCCCCCACCAGAGGAUCAUCUUCUCCAGAACACUCUGUGGCCUGAGGUCCAGAAACUGUACGGCCAUGGCUUUGAGAUGUUCUGUCUUGCUUCAGACAGCCACAGGGCGGUGCUGGCAUCUGCAUGCAAGGCAUCUAAAGCCGAGCAUGCAGCAGUUCUGCUGUGGAGUACAGCCACAUGGCGCCAGCUGCAGAUGCUGCCGUGCCACACCCUCACUGUCACCCAGAUGGCCUUCUCCCCUGAUGCACAGCUCCUAUUGGCUGUUUCCCGUGAUCGCACCUGGUCUUUAUGGAGACGGAACCUGCCCACACCUGAAAGUCCAGAGCCCCAGUUCUCGCUGUAUGCACACACAGGGAAGGACACAGCCAUACACAGCCGUAUCAUUUGGUCAUGUGACUGGAGCCCAGACAGCAAAUACUUUGUGACAUCCAGUCGGGACAAGAAGGUGAUAGUGUGGGGGCCGUGCAGAUUAGAGGACUCUGUAGACACUAUGCUUCCUCCUGAGAUUAAGCCAUGUUCUUCCAUUUUGGAUGUGGGAGAUUCUGCUACUGCUGUGGCUUUCUGCCCUGUACUCUGCUCUGAUAACAGCUACCUGCUUGCAGUGGGGCUGGAGUGUGGCAGGAUAUUGCUGUACAGGUGGAGCCCUGGCCAGGAGCCUGCUAGAGGACAUGACUGGAGCAGCUGUGGAGAAACAGACAUCUCACAAAGCCAUGCUUUGAGGGUCAAGAGGCUUCGCUGGAGGCCCAGGACUGGCCGAGUAGGUCAAGAGAACCACAAGAAGGAUGGACAGACUGACGGAGAGAGUGAAGUCGAGGAGGAAAGCUCCUGGGUCCAGCUUGCCAGCGCCAGCGCCGACCAUUCUGUCAAAAUCUUCAACAUCAACAAACGGGCUCUUUAGCACCACCAACAGUGACACUAUUGUGUCUCUCACACACAGAGAGACACUUGGACUGAGGGCCACAGGCCUCACUGUGGCACAAAGGCCACAGCUGCUAGCUGGCAAGCCAUUCACUCCCUGUGACAGCCAGUUAAGUCAUGGGUCAGUCGCAGGACAAACCUACAGCACACAUGCCCCGCAGAGUGUCUGCACACAGCUGAAAAGAUUUGAUUGGUGGAAGCAAGAUGGUGAAAACACCAUGACCCUAGGGUGGUAUUUUGUUUAGACACUUCACAGUAUUUUAGAUUCAGAGAACAUGACGCUGCUGGAUAUCAGAUCGCAUAUUUAAACUGGUUAUCCAAGUAAACAUUUAGAUGGUAAAGGGAUGCUUUUCAGUAACAAAUCAAGGAAGUUGCACGAAUGUAUGGUGUGUAAUUUUUUCGGGGGGGACAAAUAUAUUAAAUGUUUUUAUAUCCAAAAUAUAUUUUGUCUUUUUGGUCUCUCAAUGAAGUUCUAGUAAUUGUAAAACCACAGAACUCUUAAAUACAAGAUAGUGCAAGAUCACAAAACAUGAAUAGUGUGUAGCAGAGCCAUAACAUAGUUCCUGUGUUUAUACAUGUUUUAGCCCAAUUACUAAAGACUUAAUGUACAUUGCAGGUUACCAUUUUCAAAGUCAUCUUGCUGUAUUUUUAUAUUACUUUCAUGUCUUCCAGGCAGUCAGUGGUUUCCAUUUAUUUCUGUAUGAAAAGAAUCUGCAGACUCUUGUAGAGGUCGACCGAUAUGGAUUUUCUCUCGCCGAUGCCGAUCUUUAGAAAUCAAGGUCAGCCGAUGGCCGAUAAAUGCUGCCGAUUUUUUUUUGGCCGAUAUGUGCUUGUUUUUAAACCUCUAUUUGAA